GCUGUCUUCCGGUAAACCUUCUCUACAACUUUAUUAUUGUUCAUCGUUUUCAUAAUAAUGAAUUAAUAAAAAAUAUAUAACGUUUAUUCGUAAAUCGAUAUCAUUAUUGUUAUUAUUAUUAAAUCAAUUACUGCCACUAUCGACAAUAUAUGCAAUCAUAUUUUCUGAUAACCUAUCGAAUUUCAUACUCACGGCAAUCAUUUUCUCUCUGUUACCCGCAGUAAUAUUAUGUUGUGUUGCCGUAAAUUUUGUUACGAAACAUUGUUUGAAUUUAAAUUUUUUAUUUCGUGCGAAGAGAUUACCAAAUGUGAAUUUAAUAUUUGAUGAAUUCUAAGUACGACUACAGAUACUGCUGUCGUCAUGUUAACGACAGAGGACGAAUCGUCGGUGAAGGUAGCUGUGAGGAUACGGCCUCAAAUCGCCAGAGAGGUGAUUGAUGGUUGUAGAAUUUGUACAAAUGUUACCCCUGGAGAACCCCAAGUAACAUUAGGUUCUGACAAAUCAUUUACUUAUGAUUAUGUGUUUGACACACAUGAAAACCAACAGACGGUCUAUGAUAGUUGCGCUUCGAGUCUCGUAGUUGGUGCUUUACAAGGUUAUAAUGCCACAAUUCUUGCAUAUGGCCAGACUGGUUCUGGUAAAACUUACACUAUGGGUACUGGUUUUGAUUUGGAAAACGUUGAUACUUCAGAUCCGUUCACAUUAGGUAUUAUUCCUCGAGCUAUUCAUCAAUUAUUUGAUGGUAUUCAAAGUAUUAAGCAACAAUCAUUAGACAAUGGUGAUCCAGCACCUCAUUUUACUGUUACUGCCCAAUUUUUGGAACUUUAUAAUGAAGAAAUCAUUGAUUUAUUUGAUACAACAAGUGAUUAUUCUCUCUCUAAAGUUAAAAGUGGUAUUCGUAUUCAUGAAGACAUGCAGCAUAAUAUUUAUGUAACAGGAGUUUCAUGGAAAACUAUCAACUCAGCAGGUGAAGCUUUAUCAAAUUUACGUCAAGGUGCAUUAUCACGUACAACUGCAGCUACUGAAAUGAAUUCACAAUCUUCCAGAAGUCAUGCUGUUUUUACAUUAAAUAUUCAACAGAAACGAUUUGUUAAGCAUGAAGAUGAAGGCACUGAGUCUACAUUAGAAGAAUGUGGAACAAAUUCUACUAGCACUAAAAAUAAUGCUGGUGAAUUUGAAACUCUUACUGCUAAAUUCCAUUUUGUAGACUUAGCAGGAUCUGAACGAUUAAAAAGAACUGGUGCAACUGGGGAUAGAGCUAAAGAAGGAAUAUCAAUUAACUGUGGUCUUUUAGCUUUAGGAAAUGUGAUUUCAGCUUUAGGUGAUAAAUCCCGAAAAGUUUUACAUGUUCCUUAUAGAGAUUCCAAAUUAACUAGAUUACUUCAAGAUUCACUUGGAGGUAACAGUAGAACAGUUAUGAUAGCAUGUGUUUCACCAAGUGAUAGGGAUUUUAUGGAAACUCUAAAUACCUUGAAGUAUGCAAAUAGAGCUCGUAAUAUUCAAAACAAAGUUGUUAUUAAUCAAGACAAGUCAUCUAGAACAAUUCAACUCUUACGUCAAGAAAUUCAACAACUUCAACUUGAAAUUAUGGAAUAUAAACAGGGUAAAAAAACUGUUAACGAAAAUGGAGAAGAAUGUGUUAAUGACACUUAUAUUGAAAAUACAAUGUUGCAAACUGAAUUGAGUAAUAUGAGAGCUCGAAUUAAAGCUUUACAAGAAACUAUAGAUGUGUUAACUUCUAAAAACACUCAGUUAUUAGCUGAAAAAGCUACAGGAGCCUGGGUAAAUACAGAUGCAGGAUUAGAAACUAACAUGUCUGAUGUCAUACAAGGUUAUUUAAAAGAAAUUGAAGACCUUAGAGCUAAGUUAUUAGAAUCUGAACAUCUAUGUGGACAGUUACGUAAGAAUGUAUCGUCUCCAAUCAAAAAUCAUUUUACAAAUUAUUCAAAUAAUGAUGAGUAUACUUCUAAAGAAUUAAUUGCUAAAGCAAAACUGGAACUUGAAAAUGAAAAACGAACUCUACAACGUUUAAUUUCAAUAAAAUCUCGUGGAUCAGAAACUGACUCAACUAAUAGUGAUGAAAGUGAAGAUAACUCUUCAGAUGAUGAAAAUGAAUGUGCAAGUGUUGAUAGUCAAUACAGUCAAGAACUAGCAAAUUUGACUUCUGAAAUCAAUUUAAAACAAAAACUUAUUGAAGAAUUAGAACUUUCACAACGGAGGUUAGCUAAUUUAAGGCAACACUAUGAAGAAAAAUUACAGCAACUUCAAACCAAAAUUAAAUUAACACAAGAUGAACGAGAUACUGUUUUGUCUUCACUUGGUAAUAGUAAUACCAGCAAUCAAUCAGAAAAAGUUAAAAAAGUAAAAGAUGAUUAUGAACGAAAACUUACUACCAUGCAAAAAGAAUUAAAAUCUUUACAGUCGGCCAAAAAAGAACAUGCUAAAUUAUUACGUGAUCAGUCUCAGUAUGAGAAUCAAAUAAGAACCCUCAAAUAUGAAGUAAAUGAUAUGAAACGAUCUAAAGUUAAACUUAUGAAUAAAAUAAAAGAAGAAACUACAAGACAUCACGAGGCAGAAAUGAGAAAAGCUAAGGAAAUAGCUCAAUUAAGAAAAGAAAGUAGAAGAGCUGAAAUUAGGAUGCGGAACCUCGAAUCUAAGUCACGUAUGCGUGAUGUUGUGUUAAAAAGAAAACAAGAAGAAGUUACAGCACUUCGUCGAGCAGCAAGAGCAAUGAAUAAUAGUAAGAUAGGUGCAUCUAGUAAUAAAUAUAAUCAAAAAAAUUCUAAGCAAACAUGGAUAAACUUAGAAAAAAAUAUAUCUGCUCUGACACUCAAUAAACAAACACUGUACUCUUUAGAAAAAGACAUGGAAAGGUUAUUGCAAGAAAGAGUGAGAUUACAUUCAGAUUUGGAUUUUAAAUUAAAAAAACUGGCUGAUGCUCAAGUGCAACAACCACGUGAUAGUAAUCUUCAUCGUGACUUAGAAGAUGAAAUAGAAGCUAUUCGCGCCAAUUUAGAUUAUGUUGAUGAAAAUAUCAAAGAACUGCAAGAAAAUAUACUUCAAGUUGAAGAUUCUAAAGUGGCAACUGAGAGCUUAGAACUAAACAGUCACUUGAAUAACCUUCCAGAUGCUAUUUAUAUCCUUGAAAAACUUUAUCAAAUGUCUUUACAUAAUUCUUGUUUGGCUGCUCAAAAAGAUAUAAGUGUAAAAGAACUUGAAACAAAAAUGCAACAACUUGAGAAAGAAAAUGAAAUACAGAGACAAUUAAUUGAACAUAUGUUGUCUAGUCGAGAUCGUAUGAUUGACUUACCAAUUAGUAUGACUACUAGUAGCGAAAGAGAUAUAAAAUCAGUUAUAAGCUCUUCUUCAUCAUCUCGUUCUAUAUCUCCUACAGAAAUGACAACUAGUACAAGAAGUGAUACUGGAAUAAAUAAGCAUAGACGUAGAGCAGCUCAAGCACAAGAAUUACUAUUUGUCUCUAAAAGUAUUGAACCACAACAAACUCAAAAAAUCUCUUUAGUUCGAGUACCUAGUGCAUCAUCAUUUUUAAGACCUGAUAAAUAUCGCCCUUCGCCUGUUUUAAGUAGAAAACAAGCAGAAAGACAAGAAUCUGUAUCACCUCGUCUUAUAAGACGAGGAACCUUUAUUGUUGCUCCUAAUACCAAUUUAUUAUCCAAACCUGGUUCAAUGGAUCGACUUAACAAAAGCCCUCCAAAUUCACCACCUUCCCAUCGGCGAGUUGUUAGCCGCGAUGAAAAUGUGUUUUCUAGACUUACAUCUAGUACUACACAAUCUAUUGAACAGCACCGAUCAAAAGGAGUUAUUCAUCCAUUUCAAGGAAAAACAUCAAUGAAAGCACCCCUAAGUUGUACUCAUAUUACAGAAGGUCAUUCUAGAGCUGUGUUAGCUGUUUAUGCUAUUGAUGAUUUAUUGUUUAGUGCUUCAAAAGAUAAGACUGUAAAAAUCUGGGAUUUAAAUAGUGGAAAAGAAAUUCAAACCUUAGGUGGCCAUCCUACCAGUGUAGUUGCUAUAAAAUAUGAUGAAUUUACACAUCUCGCAUUAAGUGUUAGUUCAUCAUAUAUAAAAGUUUGGGAUAUUCGGCUCUCAAGAUGUAUUAAAACUUUAAAUUCCUCAGGUAUUGUAAAUAAUGGUUCGGUAAUGUCUUCGCAAAUACCUGUAGGUGAAAUUUUAUUAAAUGAUAUAGCAUUAAACAAUUAUGGACGUACACUUUAUAUGGCAACUGGAGAUAAAGUUAAGAUUUGGGACAUGAGAAAAUUUACAGUUUGUGGAAAACUCAGUAGUGGUCAUACAGCUGCUGUAAUGUGCUUAGCAACAGGCCGAUUUGAUAAUAAAAAUAUUAUUGUAACUGGAUCCAAAGAUCAUUAUAUAAAAAUGUUUGAAGUUGAUGAUGAAGCUGUUGGAACGUAUAAUCCCACAGUUAAUUUAGAGCCACCUCACUAUGAUGGUAUACAAUCCUUAGCUAUUCAUAAUGAAAUUCUAUUUUCGGGAUCAAGAGAUUAUGCAAUUAAAAAGUGGGAUUUAAAUAAGCAAGAGCUUGUAACUUCAAUUAAUAAUGCUCACAAAGACUGGAUCUGUGGUUUAGCGUUUGUUCCUAAUCAACCAUUACUUUUGAGUGUUUGUCGAAGUGGAUCAUUAAAGAUGUGGUCUGAAUCAACAUGUGCUCUCCUUGGAGAAAUGAAAGCACAUGACUCGCCGAUUAAUGCAAUUGCUACCAACUCAUCUCAUGUCUUUACUGCUGCUCACCAUGGAGAAGUGAAGAUGUGGCGUGUACAAAAUGUUUCAUUCAUAUGCCCUAUGACAAUGUCAACAGGUCAUUUGUUCAACAUGGACAUAUGAAUUUUUGAUGUAACAACUCACCAUCUCAAUU